AUGUUGUUUAACUAAUCACUAUUGUUCUGUGCAAUCACGUUAUCACUGACUGCGUCGAAAACUUCUGGUCUAUGGCAACAACCAACCAACCAACGCGUCUUAUAACCUAAAAUUAAUUUUGUUUUUGGCGCGAACGCACUAUGUAGUACGUUUUCAAAUUCAAACUACUCGAUUGUAUAAAAAAUGUGGUAUGCGUGCCGCCGAGUACAUGGUACCCUGCCAGUUGUUGCCAGUUUGAGUGUGUACCAUAUCUAAUCAUCAAUUGUGUCUACAAAAUUAAUAUGAACAAUUUCAAAAAAAAAUCCUUUAACCACCACAGUAAUAUGUGGUACGAUAGAAAAAUUAGUUGACUGUUAACUUCAGAUUUUCACAUCAAAAUGGAGCUAGUAAAGGUUGCUAAAAAAAAUUUACGAAUUAACUUAAAAAAAAACCUGUCACUUAUGACUGCUAAUGAAAUCACUGAACAAUCAAAAAUCAUAACUAACAAAUUGUUAUCUCAUCCAGCAUAUAAAAGAAGCAACAGAGUGUCAAUAUACCUCAGUAUGGAUUCUGAAGUGCAAACAUAUAGUAUUGUUAAAAAUAUUUUUGACUCAGGAAAAAUAUGUUUUAUUCCAAAGUACAAAAAAUCUGAAAUGUCUAUGGUAAAGAUAAAAUCAUUAGAUGAACUCAAUAGUUUGCCAAAAACCAAAUGGAAUAUAUCACAACCAGCUGAUGAUGAUGUGCAUGAGGAUGCAUUGGCAACAGGUGGUUUGGAUUUAAUAAUAGUGCCAGGCUUAGGUUUCACCACUGAUGGUAAACGUUUAGGACGAGGAAAAGGUUAUUAUGAUCGAUGCAUAACUGAAUAUAAGAACAAAUAUCCAUUGAAUAAUUUGAAAACCAUUGGAUUAGCAUUCAGUGAACAAAUAUGUGAAGACAUACCUACUAAUCAACAAGAUAGUUUGAUAGACUUUUUAGUUUAUCCUUAAUUAUAAUAAUCAAUUAUAUGUAUAGCACUAUGUAUAAAAUGAUAAUUUAUGUUUUAAUUUUAUGAAAUUUUUAGAAUUUUAAGUAUUUAAUUGAUGGUGAUCAAUAUUUUUAUACAUUUCCACUUAAUUAGUUACAAUGUUUUUAUCUAAAAUAAAUUAAUUUAAUAUUACAUUUUAUACUUUGACACAUAUUUAAAUGUUUAUUAUAUUAUGUUUUUUAUUAUAAAUUAUUAUUGUUACAUUUAAUUUAAAAUACAUUUAUUUUAAAAGCUAAUCAAUAAACUAAUAAUUAUUGUAGAGA